AUGGAUAUCAAUAAUAAUAAUCAUAUUGAGCAGGUAGAGCAACCUAACUACGAAUUUUUAUUACUACCUCGAGAGCUAGAUAGCUUGACCUAUAAUAAAAUAGUAAAACUCAAUUCACAAGUAUCAAUAGGUGACUACGAUCCUUUAGUUCAAAAGCUUAAGAUUCCAGUUGAAACACCGGUGAACAUUGAACCUCUACUUUCCUUUUUCAGCUUUGACCCUCUUGACGAGAUUGUGCAGUUCAACAACCAUCUUAGAAUUGAGACAGAAGAUAAAUCAGUUUUGUGGAUAAGAUACAUGGCUGGAAGACCAGAUAAACAAUGUUUAGAAUUUGGAAGUCAAAUACGAAACUGGAACAAAGCUAACAACAUCAAUGGUUCAGUGUUUGGUUCACAUACCAAAUUCAAAUUCAGAGUCAAUAAUGCUCUUGUUUCUUAUUACCCAGAUUCUUGUUUCAUAUCAGCAAACAGAUAUGCCAACAUACCAGAUUCAAUAAAAAAUGAUAAGGGAUUUACAAUUCAACCAGACUUUGUUGUAGAAGUCCGCUCUUAUGGUCCUGGAGCAAACAAUGCUCUCAUCUACCAACAAAGAAAGAUGUGCCGAUGGAUUUCAUCUGGAGUAGAGUCCGGCAUCCUAUUCGAUAGAAAAGGGGGAAAUGCAUACCUUUAUUGUAAUACCAACUUGGUCAAUCUUGCCAACCAAAUUGCUAUCCAACAGGGCAACGUUACCAACGAGACGAAUCAGUUACAGUUGGACAUUGUAGACCUACAAAAUGCAGUAGAAAACCUAGCUAACUUCCCACAAGCCGUUGUAUUGGCUGUUCAGAGUGUUCUUGACACCAAGCGUCAUAAACUACAACAACUUCAAUGGCAACAAGUAUAUUUCCAGAAUCUUGUUCCUGUUCCUACCUUCGACUACGAUGGGAUCCAACAGAAUUAUCCAAACGUCUUGUUCGUUGCCAUACCUCUCAACCUGGCCCAAAAUGCAGUAAAUGGUCCAAACAUUAUCAUUCAUUGUAUUGGUGCUGUUGACGGACUAAGAUUCGAUCUUUCAGAAUUACCUCUUGAUUAA